AAUUAUCCACGACAUUUGUUCUGCUUGGAGGAGGGUUUUCUCGAAGGAAAAGAUACAACAAUCUACUUGUGAAUAGUGAAACGCUGCCAACUAUCGUGUUUCGAACCCCUUUUUGCACGAUGGAGGAAGAUUGGGAAGCAUUGGCGGAACAAAAGUCCGAGCAGCUGUUUGCCAAGCCAGACGUGAACAAGUGGGCUGGCGAGGACGAGGAUGAUGUAAAGGACAAUUGGGAGGAUGAUGAUGAGGAGGAAGAAAAGAUGGAUGCACCCAAGGAAGAUACACCUACUAAAAAUGCCAAACCCAAGAAAACAGCCCAGCAAAAGGUUCAAGAGAAAGAAAUAACAUACCGUGCAUUAUGGCCUUACCGUGUUUUGUUUGGUUUGUAGAAACAAGAGGAAUUGGAACGACUUCAACGAGAAGAGGAGGAAGAAGCUAAUCUAACACCUGAACAGAGGUUGGCCGAAAAGCGAAGAUUGCAGAAGCUGCAGGAAGAGAAUGACCUUAAAACGGCCAUGGAAACGCUAGGCAUCAGUUCCAUGUCAUCUGGAAACGGUAUCGAUGGAAUGCAUCCGACCACCAAGGAGGAAUUUGGCGAACUAGCAGAAGCGAUAAGCAAAAAGCUCUCAAACUACCGUGCUCAUACAGAAUAUCAAGGAUUUUUAGAAGAGCUGUUACUAAAGCUAUUUGCCAGCUUAUCAUCAAAUAAUAUCAGGAAAGCUAAAACUACCCUAGACAACUUGUACUUGGAAAAGCAGAAGGUCGAGAAAGGUGACAAACCAAAGAAGACCAAGGGAAUUAAAGUGAAAGCAAAGCUGCGCGUCGAAGGAGAGAAUUCUACUUUGAACGAAUAUACCACCAAGUAUGAUGAUUACGAUGAUUACGACGAUUUCAUGUAACGGUGCAUGUUGGUGCACCUGUCGGUUGGAACCUGCAGCAUCAAUGCCCAUGUCGUCAUCAGAAGCACACCAUCGCCA